AAGCAAACAAGAUAAGGAGCUGAGUGUGUACAACCCUGGGUGAACACGGAGGCUGUUCGGGGAGUAGUGGGCGGCCUCUCUUCUUCCAGUGCUGUAAUCAGAUUGAGUGGGAACGUGGCCCUGGCCAGGCCAGGUCACAGACAGCUGUAAGAACAUCUGCCCCUGGCCGACUGGCAAGCACUGCUAAGGUUGAGGUCAGAAAGAGGAAACUAUGUAAAUCCUUCACACUCAGGUGCGAGGCUGGGGUGAGGGCUGGUCGGGAGGACCAUGGCCUGGCCGGACGUGCUUCGGAGGGGAGCUGUGUUCUCACGGUUCAGCCACCACCAUGUUGCUGUGUUCCUGCUCACCUUCUUCAGUUAUUCGUUGCUCCACGCGUCAAGAAAGACGUUCAGCAAUGUCAAAGUCAGCAUCUCUAAGCAGUGGACUCCAAGUGCUUUCAACACGUCGGCUGCACUGCCCGUGGAGGUCUGGGACAGCAACCGUUUGUUUCCUAGCGCAGAGGAAGCCACGCUUUUCCUGGGAACCCUGGACACGAUCUUCCUCUUCUCUUACGCUGUGGGUCUUUUCAUCAGUGGCAUCGUUGGGGAUCGGCUGAACUUGCGAUGGGUUCUGUCUUUCGGCAUGUGCUCUUCUGCCUUGGUGGUGUUUGUCUUCGGCACGGUCACCGAGUGGCUGCGUUUCUACAACAGAUGGCUGUACUGCGGCCUGUGGAUCGUGAACGGCCUGCUGCAGAGCACGGGGUGGCCCUGCGUGGUUGCUGUCAUGGGCAACUGGUUUGGGAAAGCUGGACGAGGGGUUGUGUUUGGUCUCUGGAGUGCCUGUGCGUCAGUGGGCAAUAUUUUGGGAGCGUGCCUAGCUUCUUCUGUUCUGCAGUAUGGUUAUGAGUAUGCCUUCCUGGUGACGGCGUCUGUGCAGUUUGCUGGUGGGGUGGUCAUCUUCUUUGGACUCUUGGUGUCGCCAGAAGAAAUCGGUCUCCCAGGGAUUGAGGCAGAAAAGAGUUUUGAAGAAGACUCACAUAGGCCAUUAAUUAACGGUGCUGAGAAUGAAGACGAAUACGAUCCUAAUUACUCAAUCCAAGAAGACGCUGCUGUCCCCCACGUCAGGGCGAUAAGCUUUUGUCAGGCGUGUCGCCUUCCUGGGGUGAUACCGUAUUCCCUGGCCUACGCCUGCCUCAAGUUAGUGAAUUACUCCUUCUUCUUCUGGUUGCCCUUUUAUCUGAGUAACAACUUUGGCUGGAAGGAGGCUGAAGCUGACCAGCUGUCCAUUUGGUACGACGUUGGAGGAAUCAUAGGUGGGACUCUGCAAGGCUUCGUCUCUGACAUGCUGCAGAAGAGAGCCCCCGUGUUAGCCCUGAGCCUGCUUCUGGCCAUCGGGUCCCUCGUGGGGUACAGUCGUUCUCCAAACAAUAAGUCCGUCAACGCGCUUCUCAUGACCGUCACAGGGUUUUUUAUUGGCGGCCCCUCUAACAUGAUCAGCUCGGCCAUUUCGGCGGAUCUGGGCCGCCAGGAGCUGAUCCAAGGCAGCAGCGAGGCCUUGGCGACCGUCACGGGGAUUGUCGACGGCACUGGGAGCGUGGGAGCGGCCGUGGGCCAGUAUUUAGUGUCUUUGAUCCAGGACAACCUGGGAUGGAUGUGGGUUUUCUACUUUUUCAUUCUUAUGACGAGCUGCACCGUUGUAUUCAUCUCCCCGCUGAUAGUGAGGGAAGUAGCCUCUCUUGUGCAGAGGAGACAAGCGCACGUGUUGAGUGAGUGACUGGGGCCCGCCAGGGCCAAGGAACAGCGGAGCCACUGAGGACCGCGGGGCUGGCUGGGCGCUCCGCCCCGCAGUGGCCCGGCCCUGCCCCGCCAGCACUGCCGGCCCAAGGAAUCGGACCCUCCUGCAGGCGGGCUGCUUGGCUGCAGGAGUCCUUGUGACGACUCUCGAUGUUCCUGAAUGCACUCAGUGGCCUGUGAACCUGCCAGUGUCUUCGCCAGGACCGUGUGGAUUGCCCCUGUAGCCUCCGCUGCGGGUCACGGACUUGGGCCCGAGUUCUCCAGCCCCGAGCCUCGAGGGAACAGGAGGCAGAGCCGUGCGUGGUCGUCCUGAUGGGGAGAAAGGAUCGCGCGUGCGCAGAGCGGCCACUCCUGUGACGUGCUCCAGCCGCGGCCCGCGGUGAGCCUGCCCUGGACGAGAGCCCCUUGUCAGCUGGGAUGGGGACGUCCGCACUGCCCGUGGCAGCUCUCGGCGCAGGACUGGCGCCACAUGCCCUCAGCUCGUCCUCUUCUGCCUCCGUUCAGCACGAGCUCUGGGUCCCGGAAGCGCGGAGCACGGGCGGCAGUUCCUGUGCGCGUGCACGUCCCAGGGCGGGCUCCCCUGCAAGCGCCGGGCCCUGGGGAAGCUCGUGUGCGCCGUCCUGUCUGCAGAGCGCGGCGCCGGGUCACAGCCUGGGUGCUGAGGGAACCUCAGAGAAGCAGCGGCGAGGAAGCGCAGGCGUUGGCCCGGGAGGCGCCGGCUGUGGCGCUGUGCGCGGCCGUCUGCGCCGUCUGCGCCCCGGGGGGCUGCAGAGGCCGGGUCUUCGGGGCUGUGGGUCCUGUAUGUGUGUUUUCAAUUAUGAAAGUGAACCAGAAGGAAAAACGUGCAAUUUCAAGGGGUGUCUCAGUCUGCGUUGGUCAUUGGUCCGGGAAUGUUUUCCAGCCUCUUGCUUUAUACUCUGACAGGUGGUGCGAUGGCCUGGAUGCCAUUUAAUCAUGCAGACUUCCAGUCACUUUAUUGAUUAUUUACUGACGAAAAGGGAAGAUACGAAACACAGAGGGAAAUAAACCGACUUUUAUAACA